UGCCUUCUAUGCCGUCCUUGCUUUCCGGCUGCUGUUUCUCCACGACGCUCUCUUUACCUCCUCCCUUGUCUCCUUGGCGGCUUACUUUGCGGCAGUACCGACAGCCCCACCCCCUUUCUCUGCGGAAUCACCAUGGCGGCUGGGACCCUGUACACUUAUCCUGAAAACUGGAGGGCCUUCAAGGCCCUCAUCGCUGCUCAGUACAGCGGGGCUCAGGUCCGCGUGCUCUCCGCACCACCCCACUUCCACUUUGGCCAAACCAACCGCACCCCUGAAUUUCUCCGCAAAUUUCCUGCCGGCAAGGUUCCAGCAUUUGAGGGUGAUGAUGGAUUCUGUGUGUUUGAGAGCAAUGCCAUCGCCUAUUAUGGUAACUUGCGAAGAUACAGGAUUGGGAGGGUCUGGAGUUCUGGCCUCUGUUCUGCCUCUGCAGUGAGCAAUGAGGAGCUGCGGGGAAGUACUCCUGAAGCAGCAGCUCAGGUGGUGCAGUGGGUGAGUUUUGCUGACAGCGACAUAGUUCCUCCAGCCAGCACCUGGGUGUUCCCCACCUUGGGCAUCAUGCACCAUAACAAACAGGCCACUGAAAAUGCAAAGGAGGAGGUGAGGCGAAUCCUGGGGCUGCUGGAUGCUCACUUGAAGACAAGGACUUUUCUGGUGGGCGAACGAGUGACAUUGGCUGACAUCACAGUUGUCUGUACCCUAUUGUGGCUCUACAAACAGGUCUUGGAGCCUUCUUUCCGCCAGGCCUUUCCCAACACCAAUCGCUGGUUCCUCACCUGCAUUAACCAACCCCAGUUCAGGGCUGUCUUAGGGGAAGUGAAACUGUGUGAGAAGAUGGCCCAGUUUGAUGCUAAGAAGUUUGCAGAGAGUCAGCCUAAAAAGGAUGCUCCACGGAAAGAAAAAGGUUCACGGGAAGAGAAGCAGAAGCCCCAGGCUGAGCGGAAAGAGGAGAAAAAGGCAGCAGCCCCAGCUCCUGAGGAGGAGCUGGACGAGUGUGAGCAGGCACUGGCUGCGGAGCCCAAAGCCAAGGACCCCUUUGCUCACUUGCCCAAGAGUACCUUUGUGUUGGAUGAAUUUAAGCGUAAAUACUCCAAUGAGGACACCCUCUCUGUGGCACUACCAUUUUUUUGGGAGCACUUUGAUAAGGAUGGCUGGUCCCUGUGGUAUGCUGAGUACCGCUUCCCUGAAGAGCUCACCCAGACCUUCAUGAGUUGCAACCUCAUCACUGGAAUGUUUCAGCGAUUAGACAAACUGAGGAAGAAUGCCUUUGCCAGUGUCAUCCUCUUUGGAACAAACAACAGCAGCUCCAUUUCUGGAGUCUGGGUGUUCCGAGGCCAGGAGCUCGCCUUUCCGCUGAGUCCAGAUUGGCAGGUGGAUUAUGAGUCAUACACGUGGCGGAAGCUGGAUCCUGGCAGCGAGGAGACCCAGACGCUGGUUCGAGAGUACUUUACCUGGGAGGGGGCCUUCCAACACGUGGGCAAAGCCUUCAAUCAAGGCAAGAUCUUCAAGUGAACAUCUCUUGCCAUCGCCUAGCUGCCUGGACCUGCCCAUCAGGGAGGUGGGAGUCAUUAAAGGAAACUGAACAUUAAA